UGCUGAGCCUUAGAGUGCCUGAGCUCAGAGAUACACGCUGACAGCUGCUAAGCACCAUGCCGAGGGCCCGGAGAGGCAACAAGUCCGCUAAAAAGAACAGUGGGAGCCGCGGUUCUCGUCCCAGCGCUCAUGCAGACUCAGAGGCCAGCGAUGAUGAAGCAGCCAGCGAGGUGUAUAGUCACUGUAGCAGCGCAAGUGAGACGGUCAGCGUUGCCGAGGAGGGGACAGGCAGUGAUGUGCCAGAUUUACAGGCUUUGCAAGAUCAGCGAGAGGACAAGCUAAAGGAGGAUAUUGACAACCUGAUGGACAAGAGUGUGAAGACUAGGCAAUCUGCUCUCAGUAGCCUUCGCCUUGCUCUGUCAUCGCAGGUCCUUGGUGAUUUCCUGACAGAGAGACGAGUGACUCUCACUGAUGCCUUGGAGCGCUGCUUGAAGAAAGGUAAGGAGGAGGAGCAGUCUCUUGCAGCCACAGUGCUUUCUCUGCUCUGUAUACAGCUCGGCUCUGGCCCAGAAGGGGAGGACGUUUUCCGCUGUCUAAAGCCCAUCCUAACUUGCAUCCUUACUGACUCCAGUGCUGGACUGUGCGCUCGGCAGAGUAGUGGUGAAUUCCAGGAGGAGUCUAUAAAGUUUGGGUUGGAAGUGAUGUAUGUGGACAGCUGGGUGCGCAGGAGAACAUACAACACAUUCAAGGAAAUCCUGGGCUCUGGAGUGCGGUAUCACUUGCAGUAUAAUGAAGUGCUACGUGAUAUUUUUUCCAUGGGGGCGCCCCUCGUACUAGAUGCUGCAGCCAUUAAAGCCAAUAGGAUUUCUAGGGUAGAAAAGGAACACCUGUCACAGAAUCUCAUGUUUUACGUCACGAGUUAGAGUUCCCAAAUUUUAUAUGGA